AGAAGAGAGGAUGGCGAGUCGACUGCGCAGCCCCUUUAAGGAACCAGAGAUCGAGCUGUUUGUGAAGGCUGCCUUGGAUGGGGAAAACAUUGGGAACUGCCCCUUCUGCCAGAGCCUUUUCAUGGUGCUGUGGCUCAAAGGGGUCCGAUUCAACGUGACAACAGUUGACAUUACAAGGAAACCUGAAGAGCUGAAGAAUCUGGCACCAGGAAUAAAACCUCCAUUCUUGGUGUUCAACAAGGAACUGAAAACCGACUUCCUGAAGAUUGAGGACUUCCUGGAACAGACCCUGGCACCUCCCAGGUACUCUCAACUCACCCCCAAACACAAGGAGUCCCUGCAUGUCGGCGCAGACAUCUUUGCCAAGUUCUCCGCAUACAUCAAGAACCCUCAAAAGGAAGCAAACAAGAAGUUGGAGAAAGCUUUGCUGAGAGAGUUCCAGCGCCUGGAUGAUUAUCUGAACACCCCAGUCCCAGAGGAAAUUGACCAGGACAGCACUGAGGAGGUGCUGGUCUCUAGGAGGAAGUUCCUGGAUGGGGACCGGAUGACGUUAGCUGAUUGCAACCUGCUGCCCAAACUCAACGUCAUCAAGAUCGCUGCAAAGAAAUACCGCAACUUCGAGAUCCCACGAGAGAUGACAGCAAUCUGGCGCUACCUCCAGAAUGCUCACGCCCGUGAUGAGUUCAGCCACACGUGCCCAGCAGAUGAAGAGAUUGAACGCACCUAUGCCAACGUGGCCAAGAAGAUGAGUUAAGGACGGU